GCAAAACAUGCGUUGUCCGGCGAAUCUGAGGCUGUAAAAAUAAUUCGCCACACGAUCUUAUACGCGCGUAUGUCAACUCAAGUGCUGCGUUUACGCAGGACCGUCGUGUAACCACUGACACGACGUCUUAUUCUUCCUCUCCUAUUUUUUUUUCCUCACUAUGAAAUUCGCGGAACACCUAAGCGCUCACAUCACGCCGGAAUGGAGAAAACAAUACAUCAAUUACGAGGAAAUGAAAGCUCUGCUGUACGCUGCAGUAGAACAGGCUCCAUCGGCAGAUAUAAGCGAAUCAUAUCUUUUAGAUAGCUUCUAUAGUAAGUUUGAUGAGAAGUUUUUCCACUACUGUGACAAGGAACUGACGAAAAUAAAUACCUUCUAUUCUGAAAAACUAGCGGAAGCUACACGUCGAUUUGCUACGCUUAAUAAUGAGUUGAGCGAAAUUUUGUCAGUUUCCGAGGAUGCCCAAAGUCGUAAGGCACGCUAUCGCAGUCAUAUUCUUCAUAAAAAGCCAGUAUCGGCACGCAAACUUCAAGAGUUGAAAUUGGCCUUCUCCGAGUUCUAUCUCUUUCUCAUUCUGCUUCAAAAUUACCAAGACCUGAAUUUCACUGGAUUCCGAAAAAUCUUGAAGAAACACGACAAACUUUUGAAUGUAGACUUUGGUGGCAAAUGGCGUGCGGAACACAUUGAUACAGCAAUUUUCCAUACGCGCAAGGAUAUAGAUCGACUGAUUGCGGAGACCGAAGCCGUAGUCACUCGAGAUCUAGAGCAUGGAGAUCGUCAGAGAGCCAUGAAACGGUUGAGAGUGCCUCCGCUUGGAGAGCAUCUCUCUCCAUGGAUCACAUUUAAAGUCGGUCUUUUUUCUGGCGCUUUUGUCAUACUUUUUGUAGCUGUGAUAUUAUCUGCUAUGCGAUACAAUAAGAAGGAUAAUUGGAAGGUACUCUGUCGAAUUUACCGCGGACCACUUCUUAUGAUAGAAUUCCUUUUUUUAAUGGGAAUCAACGUUUAUGGCUGGAGAUCUUCUGGUGUGAAUCAUCACAUUAUUGAGUUAGCAACUAUACUCGGUCUGGUCUGGUCCAUGUCUAUCUUGGGUUUUUUGUAUAGCGACACAUUGGGUCUACCACCGUUUGUUCAACCAGUACUUUUUUAUGCGCUGUUGGCGCUUUUUUUGUUCAAUCCCACCAAGACUCUUCGACACGAAGCGAGAUUCUGGACACUACGUGUUCUGGGUCGUGUCUUUUGUGCACCAUUCUUUUAUGUGGGCUUCGCAGAUUUCUGGUUCGCUGAUCAACUCAAUUCUCUUCACACAGUGUUUUUAGACUUUCAGUAUUUCAUCUGUUUCUAUAUUCAGAACUCUUCUUGGACUGAUGUUAGUCCAGAUACGGACACUUGCAUAAUGCGUGAACUAUCGAUGAGACCUUUUGUAGUGUGUUUACCGGCAUGGUUUCGUUUUGCACAAUGUCUUAGGCGUUACCGCGACACGAAGGAAACCUUUCCACAUCUCUUGAACGCAGUCAAGUAUGCAACAAGCUUCUUUGUGGUCAUUUUCUCCUAUUUGCACUUAAUAAACAAGAAGCACUACGCGCUGUCUACCGAGAAUCCCUAUUUUUAUCUAUGGCUGACAGUCAGUGUGGUGAGUUCCUGUUUUACGUACACGUGGGAUGUAAAAUUGGAUUGGGGUCUCUUCGACAGCAGUGCUGGAGAAAAUAGGUUCCUCAGAGAAGAAAUAGUUUAUUCGUCACCUUAUUAUUAUUACUUCGCGAUGGUCGAAGAUUUUAUCUUGCGAUUUGGGUGGGCGUUUUCCUUAUCUCUGACAGAGAUGGGAUACAUUCAUGCAGAUCUUAUGGUUUCCAUAGUUGCUCCAUUAGAAGUCUUCAGACGUUUCGUGUGGAACUUCUUCCGUCUAGAGAACGAGCAUUUGAACAAUUGCGGAAAGUUUAGAGCAGUGCGAGACAUCUCGGUUGCACCGGUCGACUGUUCGGAUCAGACGCAGAUAUUGCGAAUGAUGGAUGCCUCCGACGGCGUAAUAAAUCGCAGGCGAAAACAAAAUAUGGACGAGAAACGCAAGCCGAUCCGGCUGCUCGUGAAGAAUGAGUCUCUGCUGGACGAUUAAGGCGGUACAAUCGUCAAUUGGCGUCAUUAAUAUAAGUUUAUGUAGCUAAAUCGAUUUUUUUUUUUUUAAUCGUCUUGUGACUUCAACUUUCUUUGUAAUUAUGAUGGCUAAUGAAAAACUGUUGAAAGAGGAUAAAAAUAUAUGAAUUUUGGCAUACUUUGGAUGCAAAGUGCCGAAUCGUUUAUGUAAUGUGUUAAUUAGAUGUGUUAGUCGAUCGAUGUCAUUAAAGAUUACGACUAUCUGUAAUAAGUAGACAAACACGAACUGAUAUAAUUCAUUAUCAAAAGCGAAAUCAAAGGAACAAGGAAUCAAAAGGACGAGAUUGUAUAAAACACUAAAAACUGAUGUACCUUUACUUCGAUUACUAUCUGUACCUCGAUUAAAUAAAUGAUCGUUACGAAAUAAAA